GCAGCACCAUCCAUGGCGCGAGGUCUCGCCGCUCUCUCCACGCCGCCGCGUCUCGGCGCCAGAGCCACGCCGUGCUCGGCUCGGCCUCCCCGCGUCUCGGCCUGGCGCGGCCGCCGCCGGCGCUCCGUGGUCGUGCGGGCAGGCGGGCCCCCCAGCACCGGCGCGCUCGUCCUGGCGUUCGUCCUGCCGGUCUCCCUCUUCGUCGGCACGCUCCUCACCGCCGCCCGCGUCGCCGACGACCUCGACGAGCGCUUCCUCCGCGAGAUGGAGACCAACAAGGCGAUAAUGGAGGAGAACGAGGAUUUCGAGCAAGAGGAAGACGACGACGACGACGACGGGGUAUACGAGGAGGAGGAGGAGGCUGCGCGGCCGGCGCCGGUGGAGAAGGAGGGAGUUCUUGUGGCUGCUGCUCCGCGCACCAGGAACAGGCCAAAGAGGGAGGUGCAGUAGGCGCCCCGGGAGAAAAAAAAAACUGCAACUUUAAUUUUUGCUGUUCGAUAUGUGUGGUUAUCACCAUGGAAAUGUGCUUGCAAAUGCUUCGGUUUGUUCGAUAGAUUAUGCAAGGAUAUGAUCGAUGCGAUAGCCAAUUAAUUUAGCCAUAGGCCCAAGCUGCAGAGAUUAGAGAAUUGACUAAUGUACGUGGCCUGCAGUUUAUGAUGAAGGAAUUUGAAGCCGGCCCAGCCGUGCAGACUACA